AUGUCUUACUUCCUCCAACGGCUUCGUCUUGCAGAGAUUCCGCGCGGCAUCGUCGACCACACCCCUAUGGCUGUGACGAGCGCAGGCGGGGCGAGUUACUACACUCAUGUCACAGCCAUAGAUUUCGAGCUCGACCAGAUGAUCCACGACAUCCCAUCCUUCUUCCACCUCGAUACCUACAAGUGCAGCUCCGACUCAACAACAAGUGGCAUCUUUAUUCAAGCCUACUUACCCAGCUCGGUGAUCCACACCCAGCGCUGUAAAUUGUACCUCACGUAUUCACGUAUCUUACAUCCGGACCGAACAACAACCUGGCCUACACGUCCUCACGAGACAUGUCUCAAAUCCGCGCGACAACUCAUCCGCGCUGAAGCACAGCUCGAGCGCGCCCAGCACCCCUUCGUGCAGAUGUGA